AUGGAGAAGCGCCACAACUACGUCCGCAAGGUGGCGGAGACAGCCGUACAAAUGUUCAUCACCCAAGACAAGGUGAACGUAUCUGGUUUGGUGUUAGCGGGUUCUGCUGACUUUAAGAAUGACCUGGCGAUGAGCGAUAUGUUCGAUCAGAGGCUGCAGGCAAAAAUAAUUAAAAUUGUAGAUGUCUCCUACGGCGGAGACAACGGCUUCAAUCAAGCCAUAGAACUCGCAGCAGAAACGUAA